AUGUCGGAAGCAGUUCCCAAGAAGCUCGUGGAAGAGAUCGCGCGGCUUGAGGUGGACCUCGUGACACUUCAGGCCUCUUGCACCACGUCCGAAGCGGCUACAAAAAUCGCCGAGUUCUGCGAGCGUACUGCAGACCCAUUUCUUGGCGAAAAGGACGGCAGUCCAAACCCGUGGCUCCAGAGUAGCCAAAGCGGUAGCGGCUGCAGCAUCCUGUAG